UUUGUUAAGCGACGGAGGCAAAACUGUAACAGUGAAGCGGCGCCUUUCGGCCGGGGCAACAUCCAUAUCAUCUCUUCCCCCUCUGCAUGGUUGUCCAUGGUUGUCCUUUUUGCACUUUUUUUUAUCGGGGGGCCGAAUAAUCCGUAAGAAAUGUGCUUCGAAGCCGCGUUUCUCCUUCUUUCUGAGUGAUUAUUUGCAGUAUUUCCGACCAAGACAGAGUACCAGGGGGUUGCAUCUCCUGAAAGUAGCGGAUUUCUAUCUUUUUCUCUACAUUGAAAAUAUCUCCCUCCUAGACCAACACGUCGUGUAAACAAGUUCAUAAAUGGUGGAAGCCAUUGUGGAGUUUGAUUACCAGGCCCAGCACGAUGACGAGUUGACCAUCGCUGUCGGUGACAUCAUCAUUAACAUCAGGAAAGAUGAGGGGGGCUGGUGGGCAGGGGAGCUAGAUGGUCGGAGGGGGCUCUUCCCCGACAACUUCGUCAGGGAGAUAAAGAAGGACUCUAAAAAGGAGUUAAAGAAGGAGUCAGGUUUGGCCGGAUCCAAAUCAGUCCUAUCCAAUGGCAGCACCAGCCCGAAAUCAGAACCCAGCCUCAGACCUGCCAAGAAAGGCGAGGCAAUACGAAAAAGGCGUUGCAAAGCUGCCUUUAGCUACACUCCACAGAACGAAGAUGAGUUAGAACUGAAGAUUGGAGAUGUAAUUGAGGUUCUGGGAGAGGUGGAGGAGGGAUGGUGGGAAGGGUCUCUCCAUGGCAAAACUGGGAUGUUCCCCUCUAACUUCACCAAUGAGCUGUUGGCCGAGAUGGAAGAUCAGGCCACACUGGACAACUCCCGCAGCACAAGAACCAGUAUAAAGGACAGCACAGGCUCAGAGAGUGAUGGUGGUGACUCCAAUAGUUUACAGUCUGACACUGGCAGCAUCUCCUCUAGCUCUGAGAUUCAACCCAAAAAGGUUAGAGGUUUUGGCUUCGGGGACAUUUUCAAAGACCAGCCAAUCAAGCUCCGCCCACGUUCCGUGGACAUGGACAAUGAGGCAGAGAAGCCUCAAAUGGUGAAGAAAGCCCCCCCAGCUGGUGCCCUGAAGGCAGAGCCUGAUAACAAGGGCAAAGCAAAGGAGUUUUGCAAAGCUAUAUUUCCAUAUGAAGCUCAGAAUGAAGAUGAGCUGUCAAUCAAAGAGGGAGAAAUUGUUACGAUAAUCAGUAAGGAUUGUGCAGAUGCUGGUUGGUGGCAGGGAGAGCUGAACGGCAAAAAGGGAUUGUUUCCAGACAACUUUGUGAAGUUACUCAUUCCUGAGGUAGAAAAAGAGAGACCUAAGAAACCACCUCCACCCGCAGCACCCACCACUAAACAGAUGACAGACAAAAAGACAGAGGUGAAAAAGGUACCACCAGAACGUCCCGAAUCCCUCCCAUACAGAACUGAGGAGAAAGGUGAGGAGAUGAAGGUGGCUGAGAGUCUGAAGGCAUCCCAUCCUGCUGUCCUUCCAAAGAAGCCCCUCCCCCCAAAGAACAACAACUCGCUGAAUCGACCAUCAUCCCUGCCGCCCAAACGCCCAGACAGACCUGAGAGACCAGCCGUGCCCAAUAUAUCGGGUGACAGUCCGAAGUCUGAAAGCAGUGGUGGGAUGGCUGACCGUGGCUCUACAGACAAAUCUUUAGAUAUCGAUGUAGAAGACUUCGACAUCAUCGUCUCAUCCACAGAGAAGCUGAACCACCCCACAGCAUCACGUCCACGUGUGCUGGACCGACGGCCACGAUCGCAGAUCUUCACGUCUUCCUCUCUCUCUAGUCCUGACCUCCUGGACGCCCCAUCUCCAGAGGAAGAGAGGAGAGACAAGGAGAUGGGAAAGGAGGAGCAGGACUCAAUCCCUCUCAAAACUCUUGACAACUCCAAGAAGAUACCCAAGGCAAUACCAGUCAUAACAGCCUCUGAGAAAUCAACUCUGCCCCCCAAGCCCUCUACUCCUCCCUCAUAUUCUGGUUGCAGUGGAGCUUCUCUUCACCAGGGUGGCGUUAGUCUGCGGCCCCAUUCCCCUUCCAUCGAUGCCAGAGGCAAGAAUGAACAGAGUGUCACUACAGUGGAGGAACUCAGAGCACAAUUACGAGACCUGAGAAGAACUGUGGAGCUUAUGAAGAGCCAGCACAAACAAGAAAUCAAACAGCUUGUAAGUGAGCUGGAUGAAGAAAAGAGGAUUCGUUUAUCACUGCAGGUGAGUACUACAAUCAGCAUUCCUGCUGUAUAUGGCCAUUUACAAUACAAACAAUAAUUAUUUCUAGGGCUGCCAGUAAAUCAAAAUAAUUGUGAUACAUUUUUUUUUUUUGUUAACUUCAUUUGUAUAGAAUUUUAAAGUUGCUGAAAUGUGCUUUUCAAUAUACACUGCCUGGCCAAUAAAAAAUAAAAAAAAGUAGCCAUUUGGAUUUAAGAAAUCAAAGGCUUGAGAGCCUUUGAUUGGAUCAUUAUUGCAGUAAUUAAUAUGUUUCAGCUGGUAACAAUUCUUUUAAUCCUAACUGAUGCAGUGUGUUGCUUCUCAUUACUUAAACAACCAUGUCGGAAGACAUAUCCCGUGGUCGUGGAAGUUAAUGUUAAGUUACUGUGUUUCAGAAGGGGCACAUUUUUGGCUUCCAUCAAGUAAAGAAAACAACUAAGGAGAUUGAUGAAAUCACUGCAAUUGGGUUAAGAACUGUCCAACAUGUUAUUAAAACCUGGAAGGAUAGCGGUGAACCGUCACCUUCGUAAAAAAAAAAUCUUGAAUGAUCGUAAUCGGAGAUCACUAAAACGCUUGAAGUCACAUCUUAAAAUUCGACAGUAGAAUUCACGGCUAUGUUUAACAGUGAAAGUAAGUCAUGCAUAGUGCCCACUGUACAAGUCUCUGGAGGCAGUGUUAUGAUCUGCGGUUGCUUCAAUUUGUCAGAUCUAGGCUCAGCAACUUUAUGUGACAAUAAAAUGAAGUCAGCUGACUUCCUGAAUGACCAUCUUUUUCCAUCAAUUGAUUUUUUCUUCCCUGAUGGCACGGGCAUAUUCCAGGAUGACAAUGCCAAGAUUCAUCGGGCUCAAAUUGUAAAUGUGGUUCAGGGAGCAUGAGGAAUCAUUUUCACACGUGAAUUGGCCACCACAGAGUCCUGACCUUAACCCCAUUGGGAUGUGAUGGAGAAGACUUUACGGAGUGGUUCGACUGUCCCGAAAACUCUGGACAUAAAUAAAUGUUGUGACGUUGCAUAAGGUUGUCGAAACAAUGCAUCGUCGAAUGCACUCUGUAAUCAAAGCUAAAGGUGGUCGCAUAAAUUAUUAGAGCAUGCAAUUUAUUUUUUUUGGCCAGGCAGUGUAAAUCACUAACAAAACAAUUGCCAUGGUACUACCAUAUUUUUGGACACGUACUGUGGUAUUCUUUUAAGUACUCUGGAGUGCCAUGUAAAUACCAUUAUUCACCAAUAUUCAGUUCUUUUGGAGAAGAAACUCAGAAUUAAAUUGCACUUGACCAAACCCAUUCACGUGCAUGCUAACACAAACUCCUAAGACUUAGCACAUGCUUGUAUUAAAAUACCAAAGCUUCAUGUACAUGACGUUGUGGUUUUAAAAUAGUGCCCAUAAUGUUAAAUUAGACAAAUUUGUAUUACAUAAAUUUAAAGGAAUAGUUCACCCAAAAAUUAGGAUUCUGUCAUUGUUUACUCACCCUUAUGCCUUCUCCAACUUGUAUCACUUUCUUUCUUCUGCGGUACACAAACAAAGGUAUUUUGAUGGACAUUUGAUGUGAAUAUAUCCAUACAAUGCACGUCCAUGGCGUCCAACACUUAUAAGCUCCAAAAAGGACAUAAAGGUCGUAGAAAUGUAAUCCAUAUGACUCAUUUGGUUAUAUCCAUAUCUUCUGAAGUGAUACAAUCGGUUUUGGGUAAAAACAGACAAAAUAUAUGUAUAAACUGUAUAUUCACAUCAUAUCUCCAUCAAAAUAUUUUUAUUCGUGUUUCGCAGAAGAAAGAAAUCCAUACGAGUUUGUGACAUGUUAAGGAUGAGUAAAUUAAGAGAGAAUUAUAAUUUUUUGAUUGAACAAUUACUUAUAGGUGUUGUAAGCUAUUUUUAUCCGUUCAAGAAUUUCCACAAACUGAGCUAUUGGAUUAGCCACGCCCCCUCUUCCCAAAAACCUGCACUCCAAAGGCAUCAUAUUAGCUUUGAGACUGACACAAGCAGAAGCGGUUGUUAAAAACAAAUGCAGCAAAAUAGCGCCCUCGCCUGACAAUUAUUAUGAACAACAUGGCAUAAUAAUUCACUGUAACUACAACACUAUGUGAACAUGCAAAAUGAUUGAUGGGGCAGAAAGCAUCAGAGACCGUGGACACAUUAUUGUUUGCUGUUUAUAGAGUCUAGUGCUGUCACAGAGGCAGGUGAGAUAUCUUAAGGCAUUUAUUUAAUUAAUAUCUUUCAGGAAGUAGGAACGUUUGUUGCAUACAUUUCCACGGAAAAAUCCCUUACAGGGUUUUUAAAUGGUGUUAAACAUAAUUAACUUAUAUUAAAUGAAGUGAUAGACCGAUAUAUCGGCCAAACAGUUUAAUUAGCCAAUAUUUGGACAUUUUUAGAUUUUUGGCAGAUAACUGUGGCCAAUUUGCCUAGUGUCAGUUUGAAAAUGUACUGUCAGCCUUGUCAAUGGAUAUUGUAUAUUUAGUAUAUAAUUUAAAUAAGCAUUAUAUCAACCAACAGAACCCCCCCCCCCCGGUUGACUGCCACUUUAUUUUAAUGUCAUAAAUGAAUGUGUUAACUUUGACAGCCCUUAUGGUUG